UAGAUUUUCCUUCUCAUAAUUGAAGGACUUUCAGUAUUCCUUAUCUGCAACUUUACUCUCUCUGAAAUUCCAAACCCUCGAAUUUUGUUUCCCAAAAAAAUCUUCGAAUCCGAUGGCACCCAAGGGUGAGAAAAAGCCCGCCGAGAAGAAGCCGGCGGAGGAGAAGAAGUCGGCCGUGGCCGAGAAAGCUCCGGCCGAAAAGAAACCCAAAGCCGGCAAGAAGCUCCCGAAGGAAGGAGGAGCCGCUGCCGGGGACAAGAAGAAGAAGAGGACCAAGAAGAGCACGGAGACCUACAAGAUCUACAUCUUCAAGGUCCUGAAGCAGGUUCACCCUGAUAUUGGGAUCUCGAGCAAGGCCAUGGGAAUCAUGAACAGCUUCAUCAACGACAUCUUCGAGAAGCUCGCUCAGGAGGCUUCCAGGCUCGCUAGGUAUAACAAGAAGCCCACCAUCACUUCUCGGGAGAUCCAGACCGCUGUGAGGCUUGUACUUCCCGGAGAACUUGCUAAGCACGCGGUUUCCGAAGGGACUAAGGCGGUGACUAAGUUUACCAGCUCUUGAAUGUUUGAUCUGAUCCAGAAUUAUAUUGUUUGGCGGUGGUGGUUGGUGCUGCGCAAAACAAGUAUAGAUUAGGUGUUUAUGUUUUUAGGGUUAGGGUUUAAUCAGUAAAUGUCUUUUCUUUUCUUUUUUUAUCAUGAUUUUUUUUUUCUUAUUUUUAGUUUGGUUUUGUAAAAGAAGAUCUGGACGAUCUCUAUGUUUUUUUUAUUAGGAAAUGAAAUACCAGUUUAUAAUCA